GGCGCGCCUAGUUUUAUCAUAUCUGCACGGCUGCACCUGCCUUGGCUUUCUCUUGUUCAGUAAAUCGAAGCAGUAUAAUGGCCUCAACCCUCCUGAAACCCACUAUUAUUCCCUCCUUCCAUCUCCACCCUCCCUUACCAACCACCGCAGAAACGAUGAAAACUCACUCACCAUUCUCAUCCAUUUCUUGCAAAACCACAAAGAACUCAAAUUUUGGGCAAAAGACUUCCAAGUUUUUAAUCAAAUCCUCACAGCAGAGUGUUGGGAUGACAGCAGCGGAUUUAAAGAAAGUUUCCCAGAUCAAAGUUGACCUUUUUGAUGCAUUUCAAGGGAUUGAUAGGGGCAUAUUUGGAAUUAAAAGUGAAAAGAAGAGUAAAAUUGAACAACUGGUGAAGCUGCUGGAAUCACAUAACCCAACCCCUGAACCAACUCUGUGUCUACACAAGGUGGUAGGAAGCUGGAAGCUGGUUUAUAGUACCAUAACUGUCCUGGGAUCAAAAAGAACAAAGCUGGGAUUGAGAGAUUUAAUCACUCUGGGAGAUUUCUUCCAGAUUAUUGAUGAUUCUGAGGCGAAAGCUGUUAAUGUGAUCAAGUUCAGUGCGAGAGGGCUCCGUUUCUUGACCGGGCAGCUAAGAAUUGAAGCAUCCUUCAACAUUGUCUCCAAUUCAAGAGUUAAUAUAAGCUACACUAGCUCGACGAUAACUCCUGAUAAGUUGAUGAACGUUUUCCGGAAAAACUACGAUCUCCUAUUGGAAAUUUUCAAUCCAGAUGGCUGGCUCGAGAUCACAUAUUUGGAUGAUAGUCUCAGAAUUGGGAGAGAUGACAAAGGCAACACAUUUGUUUUGGAGAGAUCAGAAGAGGAAGCAAAAUAAACGGAUUAUAGCCAUUUGUAAAGUCAUCACAUUUAUACACGUUAUUUUCUUUAAAUAUAAAAAUGAAAAAAGUCAAUUGAGAUGUAUGUUAAAAAAAUAUAUUAUGAAUCUUUAUUACGG